AUGAUCUCUCUCCAACAGAAUGGAUACGGCCACUGUCUUUCUGAGCUCGGAUUCCUGGAUGAUGACGACAUUGAAAGCAGCGAUGAUAUUUACAUUUUAGUCGACCUGCCUCUGAGUAGUCAUUUACCGGAAGACCAGCCGCCCCUAGUGCCCGUAAAUAGUGCUACCAACAGUGAAAACAAUGAGCCAGGCGGUCCUAAGACGCUGGAUCAGCUGCAUCUUCGUGUUCUGAGCAGGGACGAGCACUUUGUGGUGCUGAACAAGGGCCCCGACGUGCGGAUGGACGGCGCUUUUGACGUGACAUUGGAGAAAGCGCGAGGCUCCAGAGCACACCAGAAAACGCCUGGGUAUCCUCGUGGAGUCCGACAUGGCCCGAACUUGUUUACGAUGGAGCAAGCUCAGCUUCUGCGCGAGAGUCAAGAACACCCAAGAGGUGAAGUACGGGGCUCCAGUAAUAGAGCUGAAGCACGGGAGUUGACACCCGCGGAGUUGGCAUUCACGAAGAUGACGUGGCCCGAUUUGACUAAGGAGGAGAAGGGCGCAUAUACGGAAAAGGCAAAGGCAGACAAGCAACGUUUUCUAAAGGAGUUCAGCGAGUUUUUAAGUCAGGAAAAGGUCCGACUCGCUUGCAAGCGCAAGUACGAGAGUUUCGAUGGAGAAGACAGCGAGGAAGCGAACGAGCCGGUCGCCUAUGUAUUCGACGCUCCAAUAAUUGAGCCACACCGAAGUACUGGAGUCUUCCGCAUGUUGGUGAUGUCACCUACGGCUCACAAGAGGAUGAAGCACCUCGAAUGAUGUUGCACGCGUGGAGAAUUUGGCUUCGCGGACGUCCGGCAGAUCAGAAAAAGUAUGGCGAUCUUUACUUCGAGAGUCCAGAUCCAUUCGACCUCAUCGUGCCAAGUGAACGUGAAGUGUGUACUAUUACAUACCACAAGCACAAGGAGCAAAAGGCAGCUGAAGCGAGCAAGGAAUCCUCAAGCCAAAGUGCUUAAAUGUUGCAGAUCUUGAGAUUUGACUGGCAUCUAAACUCCAGCUUCGUCCAGCUGAUGCAGUACGCCGAUUACGUCCACGGUCGAUGGAUGCUCAGGUCCCUAAAUUACAAGACAAGAUCCGGCAAUCAGUUCAAAAUUUGAACACAGUAAUAGAGAUAACCUACCAGUGCGUUGAUGUAGAUA